GUGCAUAAUGUCCAAACACAAUCUAGUGGUUCAGUCUAUGAUUACAUUGCCUCCUACUAGAUACGGGAAAGAAGAUUGCAAGAUAUGUGGAUCAAUCAACAAUCAUUCAAAAUUUAGUUACUUGAAGACCGCUGAAAACUACUUUUCUUGUCCCAAUCAUCAAACAGGAUUGAGAAAAGCAACUGGUAAUCAAAAAGGAGUUAAUGGCUUGGGUUUUUCUGGUCAGCUGGUUUACUUUCUGGUAGUAAGACAACUUGUGUCGUCAAAGAAAGACGAGCUUUGGUUUUGCAUCAACAACAAGUCGAUGAGAUUUUCAUUGACUGAGGUUCAUCUUGUCACGGGAUUACCAUGUUGGAUAAAAGAAGAUGAAAUCUCAGUAGAUUUUGAGUGUGAUUGGCCUUUGUCUCCUUGCAAAACCCCUAUCAAGGUGGAUUAUUUGAUAGCACAAUUGAAGGUAAUCAAUGUUCUUGGUGAUUCGAAUGAAGAAGAAGAUGAUGAUGUUCUUAAUGCAAUGAAGAAGAAGAUGAUGAUGUUCUUAAUGCACUUGUUGAAUAGUGAUUACAUUGGAAGAGAGUUUAUACACUUGUUCAGCACCAAGAAGAUGAGGAAGUUGAGAUUUGGUGAUGGGUCAGACGUAGAUGCAGAGAUGCAGACACAUGAUAGCGCUGGUGAGACGCAAACAGACGCAGAUGUAAAGAGGCAAACAGAUGAUAGCGAGGAUGAGACGCAGACGCUGGAGAAAGAUCAAGGAUUGGUUGAAAGAUUUCAAAAACUAAGUUUUCAAGAUGAUGAACCUUCUGCCAUCACUGCAAUACUCACCACACCACUAAAAAAUCUCGAUACAAACGAGUGCUUAGAAAAAAAACAAAUAUUCUCUCCCUUUGGACAUAAGAAGAAAUCUCAAAGGCGCUGUGUUCAAAAGCAUAGCAAAAGGACACAUAACAACCGAAAUCAUACCAAGUGUCCACUAGAGACAAGA